AUGUUGACAUCCACUGCGCUUUUGAGCCUGUUCGCUGCGACCGCGACGGCGCACUCGUGGCUCGAGUGCACCGACUAUGACGCAUCGACGACCGCCAACCAAGAGUUUUGGAACCCGGCGGCCUGCACCGGCUACGCGCGUUGCGGCAGUCGCCAGAAGGCGCAAGGCUUUGGUGUUGACACGGGCUUGGACUUUCGACCGCUGCUGCAGCACAAGUCGUGCCAGUGUGCCAAGGAAUCUGCCGGCGCCUACACGGAGACGGCGCCGAUGGCCACGUAUGCGCCGGGGCAAAAGGUGUGCGUCGCGUACCCGGCCAAGAACCACGUUGCGGCGGCGUGCACGAACGCGUACAUUCCAGACACGGGCGUCCGCAUCUUCCGGACGACGUCCGCGAAUGCGUCCGACCCCGCGCUCCACGAGUGGCCGAUCGAGUACCAGCACCUCAACGGGGCGCACCAAGAAGGUGUCAUCGACUACAAGGGGUUCCAGCACUGCCCCAAGUUUUGCGACGAAAAGGGCGGGAUUCGCGACCAAGGCCGCGCGCUCUGCAGUCUCUGCUUCAACCUCGAAAAAGACAUUGCGCCCGGCGUGUACUCGUUCCAGUGGCAAUGGAACUUCAACUCGGUCAAGGACGUCUACGCCACGUGCUGGGAAGCCCGCGUCCGCGCCUAG